ACCAACAGGACGGGAUUCAAAAAAAAAAAAAAAAACCCAGAGCGAGCAGCCAACAUCACCUGCGGAGGGAAACAAGGAACAUCUGAUCCUGUGGCUCCCGGAAAAAAACAAACAAUCGUCUGUGCGUCCUGACCAGACGCAUAUGUGGACGGAGACCCUGAAGUGUGCUGAGGAGAAAAAGGGGCGCGCAGUUGUGUCCUUCUUGGGACCUUUUGAGGCGCAAAGCAGCAACAAUGGACUGCGUUUCCACCGGGAACUCACUCCUGGAGCCGCGCUGCGCACACACAUGGGGAUUGUAGCGACGCAGAGCCGCUCGGUGUUUGUGCGUUUAGUUGUUGAACUGUGUUUGGUCGGUUGAAAAGCCCGGGAUGCCCGCCAGGAACAGGUACAACCUGGUGGACGAUGUGGCGGACUCGAGGCUGCCGCUGCACAACGAGGAAGCUUAUCAACAUGGGAUAUAUUUCCAAGCCAAGUACGUGGGGAGUCUGGACGUACCGAGGCCCAACAGUCGGAUGGAGAUCGUGGCGGCCAUGAGGAGAAUCAGGUAUGAAUUCAAGGCCAAGAACAUCAAGAAGAAGAAGGUCAGCAUUGUGGUGUCUGUGGACGGGGUCAAGGUGAUGCUGAGGAAGAAACAGAAGAGAAAAGAAUGGACGUGGGACGAGAGCAAAAUGCUGAUCAUGCACGAUCCAAUAUACAGGAUUUUCUACGUCUCUCAUGACUCCCAAGACUUGAAGAUCUUCAGCUAUAUUGCAAGAGAUGGCUCCAGUAACUCCUUCAGAUGUAACGUCUUCAAAUCAAAGAAGAAGACUCAGGCCAUGCGUAUCGUACGGACAGUCGGUCAGGCGUUUGAGGUGUGUCAUAAGCUCAGUCUGCAGCAUGCAGAGCAGGAUGCUGAUGGACAGGCGGACGGAGAGAGCGACAAGUCAGCUGAGGAGCCCAGCAGCAACGGUCGUACACUGACGGGAGCAGAGCGAGGGGAGGAGGACGAGGACGGCAAACACGGAGGAAGACCGGGAGGAGAAGAUCCGUCAGCUGGAGCUUCACUGUGUGAGAAGGCGGUCAGUGAAAUUCUGCAGAGCCUGGCUGAGCUGAACGUCGUCAAACCUGGACAGACCAUCAUGGACUUUGAUCGAAGGUCCGUCUACACUGUGACAUCCCAGGGCGUCACUCCCAGCAGCCCUUGCUCUCCGUCUCUCACUCCGCUGGCCUCACAGCACUACCUGCAGCUCCUCCAGCAGCAGCUGCAGCAGCAACAGCAGCACACACAGGUGGCCGUGGCUCAGGUGCAGCUGUUGAAAGAUCAAAUGGCGGCAGAGACGGCUGCCCGCAUGGAGGCUCAGGCCCGCGUCCACCAGCUGCUGCUGCAGAACAGGGACCUGCUGCAGCACCUGGCCCUGCUGGUGCAGCAGCUGAAAGAGCUGGAGGCCCGCUACCCCAGAACAGCGCAGGCAGGACAGCCGCCACAGGAGCCUCAAGCUAAUGGGCACAAUGGCCAGGAGUCAGCAAGCAGCUCAGUUUCUACAUCAGUGAGGUCUCUCUCCUUAAAUCUGAAGAAUCACUACAGUCACACCCUGGACCAGCUCAUCACCUCCUCAUCACCUGCAUGGCCUCUCCAAGCCUCACCCCUCUCCUCCACACAGGUGGACUAUGCCGAGUCCUACCUCAACCUGCUCAACCUGGAGAACAGCACCAAACCAGCGGCGUCAGUGGACGACCUGGACCCAUUCAUCAGGGCCAAUGGCACCGCUGACAACAAGGAGAACUCCUGCAACGAGAUUGUCCCGUUCACGUCGAGAAACUCUGCCAGCAUGGAUGAAAAGUGUGAACAGAUAAUCCCCAAACUUGACCCUCCUCCACCCUCCAUGAACCGCAAGAGGGCGAGCAGGACAUUGUCUCCGGGAUCAGAGGUCAUAGCUGUGCCCACGCCUGGAGAGGCCACCGCUAAUGAUGCAGCACCGAGCCGCAGCAGCAGCCUCUCUUUCCCAGACAUCACCCCCAGCUCCCUGUCAUCUGCCGAUUUCCACUCCCUCAGCAACGGCGAGAGCAGCUCCUGUUCGGCCAGCGAGGACUCUGGCGUCCGAUCCGAGACCAAGUCGCUGCUGUCGCCCCUGCGUGACGACGACGACCUGUUCGGGGACCGCGGGACGUUUUUAACGGCCUCCAGCGGCUGCGACAGCCCCGUGGAGGAGGGAGGGGAAGUGUUGCCAUCCGAGUCGUAUCCUGCCGGACCCCCCACCCUCACCUCACAUUCGGACACCUGCGAUCACCCACUGCCUUUCUCGUCUCCUAUGAAUGAUACCUGCCUCCAUAUCAGUUUCUCGGAGGAUGAGCUGCUGGAGAGCAGCCAAGAGGACCCUGCUGUCCCACAGCGGAGUUAGGAACAUGUUCCCCCUUUUAAUCCAAUACUUACUGUCAGACCUCCUAUGUUUGCACUGGGCUCCAUUUCAGGACCUUUAAUUGUUUCAUCCACUUGUGACACAGUACAAACAUAGCAUAUCCCAGUUACUGAGAAGUACUCUAUUGUAUAAAUUAUUAGCCAAUGGACAGAUUUAGUAUUUUUGUAAUGGAAUUAAUGAUCUAAUUUACUUUUUAGUGGCUAGAAUGUUAAGCAGAAUACAUGUAGCAAUUCUUGCACUGUUAAAGUCACACAUAAUUUACCGUAGAGUUGAGAAACAACAAGGGAACACAUUUUAUUUUUGCUAGUAGUCAUUUAAAACAUAAUUUUGUAUGAUGCUUCACUGUGGUAUAAACUAUUGUGGAAAUCCUAUUUUCUGCAGAUUUCAGAGUGACACAUGCAAAUGUUGGUGAUGUUGGGAAAAGCCUCUAUUUCUGCAAAGCACCUGGAGGGAUGAUGGAAAGAAAAGAACAAGAAAGUCAGAAAAGGGGAAAAUGUGAGGAUAGAGGUGAGCAGAUGUAGCUGUGUUUUGGUUUCUUCACAACCAUUUGGGGCUGUGUGUAAUGUUUCUGUGCUGCCGGAGACAAGUGAGUUUUAGAAUGUGUUUUCUUGCUCUCUUUUUUGGGGUUUUCAGACUUGUAGGCCUUAAAAUAGUGCUGGGAAAGUUCGUGAAGGUAUUUUGUGUUCUGUAUUUCAUCAAUUUUUUAUGUAGAAUGGCUGCAGUCCUUUGAAAACAAAAGGGAUCGUGGCAUCACUUUUAAAGUAUUGUAGUUUUAAGAAAUAGUGGGUGAAGAAAGUGUUUCUUCAAACAUUGACAGGACGAGCGAGUAGCCAUGAAAGCUUUGGAUUGCACCUGUCUGAGUGGGGAGUCUGUGUUACUGUGAACCCUGAGACUCUAUAGGAAGAUAAUUGGAUCACAGAGGACUCUGGAGAAAGACAGUGUUCUCUUUUGACAUAUGUGUAAUUUAACCUGAACGGUGGUACCGUUGUUUUAACUUCAUUAACAUACAUCAGUGUAGAGCUACAACAAGCUGUUGAUCAAUUAGUUGAUAAACAGAACAUAAAUUUGCAAUUAUUUAAAUUAUUAAUACAUCUUUAACAUCAAAAUGGUAGAUCAGUUGAUUCUCUAACAGCUGUUAGUUGCAGUCUUGUAUAAAUAUAUAGAAAACAAGAGUGUUGUUGAGCUGAAUAUAUGUGAAACGCAGGUGAAAUUAAAUCUGAUCAACAGUUUUAGGUAAAUUUUUGGGCAAAUAUGCCAAAAUGUCCUGAUUCCUGCUUCUAAGGGAUGAAUACUUACUGAACAUGUAAUGCCUUAUAUUCAGUAUAACUGGUGGAAAAAUAAUCAGCAAAUGACUGAUAAUGUUUGUCUGUUCCACUGACAGCAGUAGCUGUUUAAAUUUACAUUUAAAGGGAUUCUGCAGCUUAGUUAAUGGUGUUGAAUUAAGUGUACCGGGGUUACCUUUGACGGGUAGAAGUGAAAAUUAAUGAACUCGAGAGUUAAGCAGAUGAGGUGUUGCAGGGGUGUGAAGGUGCAGGUAUAAAAAAAAAUUAUACUCCGAAAAGAGGCUUUUCCCAACAUUGCAUGUUGCAGGGAGCUUAACAGCAAUAGCACAUGGAUGAAAAAAAUAAUAAAGAGGAAUAGUUGAAAAGCA